GUCCCCAUUUCGUUUUCCACCUCCUCAUCCUCCCUCUUUAAAGACGAGAAGGAUCAAUCGAUCAGCGACACAAAGAGAGACAGUGAGUCGGAGCCCCGGAAAGUCAUGUCAGGGCUUCACAGAUCCUCAAGCGCUCCAUUGAAGAACGGCCUUCCGCCUCAAGAACUCCUCGACGAUCUCUGCAGUCGCUUUGUGUUGAACGUUCCCAAGGAAGAUCAACAAUCAUUUGAGAGAAUCUUGUUUCUGGUUGAGUAUGCACAUUGGUUUUAUGAGGAUAAUACCGUUGAAAAUAAUCCAUCGUUGAAAUCCUUUACUCUCAAGGAAUUCACAUCUUUAAUGUUUAAUAGUUGUGAGGUUUUGAAACCAUAUGUUCCUCAUAUUGAUGAUAUAUUCAAGGACUUCACUUCCUACAAGGUUCGAGUUCCCGUCACUGGAGCAAUCAUUUUGGACCAAACGUAUGAAAGGUGCUUAUUGGUUAAAGGGUGGAAAGGAACCAGUUGGAGUUUUCCACGUGGAAAAAAGAACAAGGAUGAGGAAGAUCAUGCAUGUGCCGUCAGAGAAGUUUUGGAGGAAACAGGAUUUGAUGUCUCUGAACUUCUUGACAAAAAUGAGUACCUUGAGGUGAUAUUUGGGCAGCAGCGGGUGCGCCUAUAUAUAAUUGCUGGUGUUAGUACUGACAACACUUCCUUUGCUCCACUUACCAAAAAGGAGAUCAGUGAAAUCGCAUGGCAUAGACUAGAUGAUCUCCAACCCGCCAGUGAUGAAGUGAUAUCACGUAGUGUCACAGGCCUGAAGCUUUACAUGGUUACUCCAUUUUUAAAGUCGUUAAGGACAUGGAUUGCAAAACAGGCACCUCCAGUUGUUUCAAAAUCAGAUUCUUCUCGCAGAGGAAUUAGUGUUUGGAAGGCCAAAAAUAGUUCUACGGGAAGCAGCUCAACAGCCAUGGUUAACAUCCAGCAGCCUAAGAUUCUGCCUGAUACUCGUGUAACUGAAACUCGUGGAACUGAAACUCGUGUAGCUGAAAAAGGGCCUGGCAAAAGCCUUAGAAACUUUGGUUUUGAUACGUCGUCAAUCUUACGAGCCAUGGAGUCGGGAUUUCCUGGUUAAAUGUUCCUGUGCGGAUGCUAAUUUCUGAAGGAUGUCUCACAUAUUCUGCUACAAUGAUAAUCGCAUUUAGCACUGCACAUGAUUUAGUUAUAAGGUAGUUAUGCUUCUGUAGUCUGUACAUUGUAUUUGUCAGGAAUUCCAGGUUUUAGGUACUUGUACAUUAUGUACAGAAUUCCUUCAAUGUGAUGACAGUUGCUGUCCAUAUUGUGAAUCUUUGGUUCUACCCGAAUGUCAACUAACUUUGUACCUUAAAUAUGGAUGGACUAUCCACGGUGAAUGACACGGAGUUCUGUUUUUCUA